AAUAAUUGGCCAAACAAAGAUCUAAGAACAGCAGCAAAAGGAAAGGAAAGUUACAGAAGCAAAAGAAGGGGCCAAGUCCAACGCAACGCAAUAAAAAAGUUAGAAGCAUGGCAGCAAGCUUGUUGUGUUCAAAUCGAAUACUAGUGCUACAUAAUAAUAGUCUCACUCCCACUCCCAGAGUAGAAAAUCCAUUAUACCCGAGAUCAUUCCUAUCACAAGCAAAAAGAAACCCACGACGUGGUAAGUUUUGUGUGGUUGCUCUGACUGAAAGUUCUAAAAAGUCAAGCAACAAGAAGACUGAAGAUGAAGAAGAAGAAGAAAGUAAAAUCCCUUCAUGGGCUAGGCCAGAUUCGGAUGAGCCUCCUCCUUGGGCUCAGAAUGAAAGUGCAUCCCAACAGCAACAGCAACAGCAACAGGGAUUUGAGAUCCCCUUCUAUCUUUACUUACUUGCCUCAGCAAUCACUGCAAUUGCUGCUAUAGGUUCUGUUUUUGAAUAUGUGAACCAGAGGCCUGUAUUUGGACUUUUGAACUCGGACAGCAUUUUUUAUGCUCCUUUGCUUGGAUUUUUUGCAUUUACUGGCAUUCCCACUUCAGCAUUUCUGUGGUUCAAAUCUGUUCAAGCUGCCAACAAGGAAGCUGAGGAACAAGACCGGAAGGAUGGCUAUCUUUAAAUAUAUAUAAAUAUAUAUAUAUAUAUAUAUAUAUAUAUAUAUAAUUGCCAUCUAGAAUUAUGCUUAUUAUUUAGAAAGCUUGACAACUUUGUCAAUUAUGUUUUAAGGUGCUUGCUACUCCCACUAAAUUGUAAAAGACUGUCCCACUAAGGAAGUUUUGCUUAUAUUGUGCAUCAAA